AUGAUUGCAAAGGUUUUAUUGUUGGUUGCUCUGUGUGUAGUUGUCUACGGAAGUCAUCAGGAGCACCAUCAUCACCAUCCUCAACCUUACAAAUUUGGCUACGAAAUCAAAGAUCACCACGGAUCUCAACAUAGGCAUGAACACGGAGACGGUCAUCAUGUUCAAGGAAGCUAUGGCUUUACUGACCACAGAGGUAUCCAUAGAGAAGUCCACUACGUAGCAGACCGUCAUGGAUUCAGAGCCACCGUAAAGACCAACGAACCAGGAACUGCCAAUCAAGAUCCCGCUCAUGUCAAAUUGCAUUCGCAUGCUCACCAUCACCACGCGCCUCACCACCAUGCACAUCAUCAUCAUGGACAUGCUCAUGUAUACCAUCACCAAGAUCAUCAUCAUGGUUAA